AUGCGCUCCAUGCCGAUGCGCCGUGCGGCUGCAGCAGCCGCGGCAGGAAUGUCUGCGUGCCUGGUGAGCGGGGCGCGCGAGAUGAGUGCCCUCUCCGCAACAGCACUCUGGAGGCUUGGCGCCGCGACCCGAGUUGCGCUCGCCGACGGGAAGGAGCGCCGCUACUCACGUUUGGGCAUGGACGGAUUCACCGACGUCACGUACAACACCGCCGCGGAUCUCUUCCUGGACCACGUGGACAACGUGCUGGAAGGCGUCGACAGCAGCGCCAUUGAGGAGGUGCAGCUCGCGGGUGGGGUGCUCACGAUUGAGACCGCGGCGCACGGGACCUUUGUGCUCAACAAGCAGGCGCCGAACGUGCAGCUGUGGCUCUCCUCGCCCGUCUCUGGGCCGCACCACUACGACAUGGUGCUGCCGGAGGGGGACCGCAAGGUGCAGAAGGUGCACGACGCGCAGUGGCUCGCCGACAGCGACGGGCACUCGCUGAAGGAGAAACUGGAAUGGGAGUUGACGCAGACGUUGGGGGUGGAGGUGAAACUCUGA